GACAGCUCCAGGCAGGCUCGCGGCUUAUCAUGUUGUCACGCUGACUCGCCCAUCACCCUCGACGCCACGCCAUACACACGCGUUCCUCUCCCCAACCGCGUGUGCAGGGGGCCAUGUCGCGCGGAUGUCGAUGAUUACAGUCUUCAUCGGACACUCAGGAGACCGUCUGAGCCUCGAUCCCAGCCUCAUCACCGAUCUCGACGCCCUCAAGGCUCUGGUCAGCCAGCAUGGCAUCCUCCCUCGCCAUCAGAUUCUUCUCACUCCCUCCGGCAAGCAAGCCCGCAAUCAAACUCUUCUCACCGAGACGGAACUGUUCGUCUUCGACUCAAGUCGUCUAAACAAUCAGCAUCCCACCUCCCCCUCCACUUCCAGCCUCGCCGCGUCGGACGCCCGCGAUUUCAGCCCUGGCACCGUGCCAGAUGCCAUAUCAAAUCAGACCAACCUCCAAGCAUGGCAGAAUCUCUUUCGUCUCCGCAAAACCUGGGCUAGUGGCCUGCUGAACGGAUGCGACGGUCGAGCCCGCCAGGCGGAGAAAUAUCAAGAUGAGCAGUUGAUCAUCGAGCGGAGCUUGGGCGUGGCUGUCGCCAGUCUUCAGCAGCAUGUAAAGAGCGCGGAGCAGAAGUUCGUCACGGCCGAGUCUUGGGCGCAUGAGGUCUUGCAGCAACAGCAUAUCCACGCGGGGGACUGGGAAGAGAACCUGGAGCGCCUGGAGCGUAUCCCUGCGAGAGCGGAGUUCAUGAAGUUCAUCCAGCCACUGCUGGUCAAUUCGAAGGUCUCCCCACAGCAACGCGAUGCGGUGACUCUACAGGCAUUCGUGGACGCUGCAAGCAUCAAGAACGCUGCCGACACUGCCGGCACACUGGUCGCAGAUUUCGAGGACAAAGUCGGCAAGAUCCGAGCCGACCUGGACAAUGUCGUCAAAGAGAGGGACGAGCUGCUCCGGGCUGUUGACCAGAUCAGUGCCAACUCCGUAGCCAGCAAUACCUCGGAGCCUGCGCAGUUGCUGGAGGAGAUCGAGAUCGUGGUGAAGAAAAUGACAGCGGACCUCGAGCACGUCCAAUCACUUCCCAACACUUCGCAGUCCGUCACGCAGGUCUCGAAGAUGGCUUUGCUGCACACCAGAAACUACCUGCCCAACCUGAGUCAAUAUUGUGUCGAGAUGAACGAGGCCGUGCGAAGGGCGCAACAACAGCGGAACGGCGCUGCGGACACCGCCAUGGAGCACAUGCGCCAUUUGGCCAGCAUCGAAUCCGAUCUUGCGGAGUUGUUCCAAAACACUAAAAACCUGGAAACACCUCCAGACGGACAGCACGCUUUUUCCACCCUGCGCAUCGUCUCCCGGCUCCCUUCCGUCUAUGGCGCGCUCCUCAUCGAAUCCCUCAGACGGCGAGAGUGGGUCGCGAAGAUGAAGCGUGACGCAGGCACCCUGCAGGAAGAAGUUGCAACCUACCAAGACGAAGAGGACAAGCGACGGAAGAAGUGGGUUCGCACGGUCGAGGAUGUCGCGAAAUCCGACGCUUUGCGAAGCAGCGUCUUGGGCAUUGAACUCAGCCUGCAAAACGAAGGGGGCAGCUGGCCAAUGGUCACACGUGACGAAUUGCACGAGCAUCUCAAGGUGCUGCAAGAGGCCUAUGGCCCAUGUGCACUCACAGACGAGAUGGAUCAGGCCAUCAAAGACCUUGAUAAGCCGACGAGGAAGCAAAUCAAGCACGCAAAGGCAUUCAAGAAUGGCAGUAUGCAUGAGGCCGCAUUUGGCGACACCUCUCUUUUGCUGAGGGGCGACGAGCAGCACAAGACCUUGCGUGAGAUCAAUUUACGCCUCGAGGAAGACCUCAAAGGGCAGAAGAGCCGAGUUCGGAAGUUGGAAGACCUGCUGCACAGAUCAUCCACUAUUGGCCGAGCAAACACUGGAGACAUGUUCACACCUCAUAGCGGCUCUAGCUUCGAGCGCAAUCUGCCGUCUCCGGUCGGCAUCAAUCAGCAGCCUUCCGACGAGUCGAUGCCCCACGGUCAGCAAAGGAAACAGUCCAUGCAACUGAUGGAGGAAGAGCGACUCGCUCGGCGGGUCGUAGAUCUGGAAGCUGAACUUGAGGCUGCUCGAAACGAAGUGACAAGCCGCAAAAACUCGGAUGCGGAAUUUCAAAAGCAAGUGGAAGAAGCCACGUUAACCAAACGCGACCUGAUGGACAACAUGGCGACACAGCAAAAAGAGUUUGCCGCCGAGCGACGGACCUUGGAGAGGGAGCUGGCAGAAGCGAAAGAGGAGAUUGAGCGACUCGUGGGAUCGAGAGACGACGAGAGGACCGGAACGGAUGCAAGGCUCAGCCUGUACGAGCAGGAGGUCGCUCGCUUGAAGCAAGAGGCCGCGGAUCACGCCGCGCGUACAGCAGGAGAGCUGCACACGAGGACCUCCGCGGAGCGCAGACUGGACGCCGCCGAAACUGCCAGACACGAGGCUGAAAUACAAUUACAAAAGAUGCGCAUGGACAAAGAGCAAGACCAAGAGGUUGAAGCCGGACGUAUGCAGCUGCUUGGAACCGUUCAUUCAAGUCUCUCGCCGGGCACAGAGAUCCCCGAGGGAAUAUCAGCGAUUUGUACGGCGCUGGAGGAGCUGUCUCGCCGCUCUGUGUCCCAUGCCAAAGACCUAGAGGAGGCUAUCGCCCUCGCCAAGUCGGAGAACCAGUCUCUGUGGACGAGCAAUGAAAGGCAGAAGAACGAGUUGACGGCCGCAGUGCAGAAGCAGGCCGAUGCCGAAGCCGACACGCGCCGGGGACAUGAGCGUCUAGACAGCGAGGAAGCCAAGACGUCUUCCCUGGAGCAACAGCUGAGGGAGGAGCAAGAACAGCUUCGCCUUCUGCGAAACAAAUUCGCAGAUGGAGAGACUGGAUCUGAAGUGCUGCGACAACGUGCGGCCGAGGAAGAGGCUCGAGCUGGCAAACUCUCGGCUGAUCUGGCGGAAGCCCGUUCGCAUAUUAACAGUCUCGAUGUGGAGCUGAUGCGAUUGCAGAAAAAGCACGAUGCUCUUCAGCAGGACCAAACAGCGUCUUCCGAGUGGCUGGGGAGAAGAGCAGAGCAUGCAAAGGACCUCUCUCAUCGCUUGUUUGCGCAGAACUCACGGCUGGGAAGGUUACUGGAGCGCUUGGGACUGGUGGUAAAUUACCAGGAUCAGACCAUGACCAUCGAGCGGGCCUCUAAGCUAUCAUCAAGUACGACCAUGAUCGACACGCAAGGACAACUGAAUCGGACGGUGUCGUUGGCUUCACCCCCGCUAUCACGCAAGUCGUCUGCUAUCGAGGAGCCUUCGGACCUCUCAUCUCUGCGAUGGUCAAACGCCGCGUCGAUGGAAGAAGAAAAUGCGCAAUUCGAAGCCUUCUCGCAACAAAUCUCGCGCUUCAACGUCGAUACGUGCAUCGAAGCGGUGGUCAAGCGGGUGCGGGACUUUGAGUACACGGCACGGAAGUACAACAAAGAAGCCAAGGAGUCGGGCAAGCGAGCGGACGCAUACAAAGACCGUUCGAUUAAGUUGAAGAGUGAAGCGCACGCCAAAAUCGCCGUCAAGGACUUCAAGGAAGGUGAUUUGGCCCUCUUCUUGCCGACGCGCGGCCAAGCGAAGGGGGCAUGGGCGGCUUUCAAUAUCGGAUGUCCGCACUACUUUCUCGCGGAAAAGGAGGGCAUGCGUCUGGCCAAUCGAGAUUUUAUCGUCGCGCGCAUCAACAAGAUCGAGCAGAAAGUCGUUGAUCUAAGCAAAACGAUGCCUCAGCCGCCCGAUCGAGGAAGUGCAGAUGAGACGGCCGAGGGUGCGCCAUCAUCCAUGGACGAUGACAACCCCUUUGACCUCUCGGACGGCUUGACGUGGUGGCUCAUCCACGCAACAGAAGAAAGAGGUGCAAGCGGUGCACCCAGCACCCCCGGACUGGGGAGAAGCACAGUCGCCGCCGCGGCGGUCGAUGCCAAAGCCAUUCGCGUGCAGCGGAACAGCAACGACAACGCGAGCGAGCGCCUUAACAAGACCCUUGACAGCCGGCGCAGUAGUUCUGCCUCCACGAAGAAGGGUGUAGCAGGGAUCAUGGCGCCGGUGACGGGAGCCACGGCGAACGCGGGCGCUGUUGCUGUCGGCUCCCAGUCUGCACUCAAGCCGUUGCCCCUUGCCACUGGCAGCAGCGGACUGGGCAUCACUUCCACCGAAGCAGACGCCCAGUCAAUAAACCAACAGGUGCGCCGUCAUGACCUGCUCCUCGGGCCCUGACCCUUGAGCCUGUGAUUAAUGAGAGAUUCACAGAUGCCUCCUCCCACCACUGCCUCGCCUCCGCCAUCCCGAGCACGAAGCACCGACUCGCGUACGGCAACGUCCACCACUGCAACGCGGGCGCAACAACGCUCCAAGUCGCCGUCCAAGUCCAUUCGUUCGUUGCAGCAGCAUUUGGAGCCGAGCAAGACGCCUGCAAAGGCUUCGCCCGCGAAGUCGCCGGUGCGGACGCAGCCGAAGCCGCAGGGGCAGGCGUGGGAGUCGUUGUGGCAGGGGGAGUUUUCGCUCGAGAGUCCUUCGAAGUCGGGGAAGUAGAAGACUUGAGGGACAUUUGGAAGGGGUAGAUGUAUCUAUGAAUAUCAUGACUACUAGCACGCAGAUCUAAUGAGAAAGAUGAGAGUCUCAUCAUCUUAAUUUUGGUGAACUUCUUACAAUUGGGAAUUAAUGUUUGAAAUGUCAUCAUUCG